AUGUCUGCCCCACUUUCAACUGCACUUCCAGAUGAGAGCAGAGAGAAGGCACAGGGAGCAGAAUCUGACAGCGCUGCCUGUAGAGAGGGAGAGGAGAGAGAGGAGGGAGAGGAGAGACAGGUGAGAGAGGAGGGAGAAGUAAGAGAGGAGGGAGAAGAGAGAGAGGAGGGAGAGGAGAGAGAGGAGGGAGAAGUAAGAGAGGAGGGAGAGGAGAGAGAGGAGGGAGAGGGAGAGGAAGGAGAGGAGAGAGAGGAGGGAGAGGAGAGGGAGAGAGAGGAGAGGGAGAGGAGGGAGAGGGAGAGGAAGGAGAGGAGAGAGAGGGAGAGGAAGGAGAGGAGAGAGAGAGAGGAGAGGGAGAGGAAGGAGAGGAGAGAGGAAGGAGAGGAGAGAGAGGAGGGAGAGGUGAGAGCGGAGGGAGAGAGAGAGGAGGUAGAGGAGGGAGAGGAGAGAGGAGGGAGAGGGAGAGGAGGGAGAGGUGAGAGAGGAGGGAGAAGUAAGAGAGGAGGGAGAAGAGAGAGAGGAGGUAGAGGAGGGAGAGGAGAGAGGAGAGAGGAGGGAGAGGGAGAGGAGGGAGAGGAAGGAGAGGAGGGAGAAGAGAGAGAAGAGAGAGAGGAGGUAGAGGAGGGAGAGGAGAGAGGAGAGAGAGGAGGGAGAGGAAGGAGAGGAGGGAGAAGAGAGAGAGGAGGUAGAGGAGGGAGAGGAGAGAGGAGAGAGGAGGGAGAGGGAGAGGAGGGAGAGGAAGGAGAGGAGGGAGAGGGAGAGGAAGGAGAGGAGGGAGAGGAAGGAGAGGAGAGAGAGGAGGGAGAGGUGAGAGAGGAGGGAGAGGGAGAGGAGAGAGAGGUGAGAGAGGAGGGAGAAGUAAGAGAGGAGGUAGAGGAGGGAGAGGAGAGAGGAGAGAGAGGGGAGAGAGGAGGGAGAGGAAGGAGAGGAGGGAGAGGAGAGAGGAGGAAGGUGAGUGAGAGGAGAGAGAGAGGAAUGGAGGGAGGAGAGGAAGAGAGGGAGAGAAGAGAGGAGAGUGAGUGGAGGGAGAGGAGGGAGAAGAGAGAGAGGUGGGAGAGGAGGGAGAUGAGAGUGAGCGGAGGGAGAAAGAAGAGAUAG